UUGAAUUCAUGUUUUUAAUCGCCCGUUUGCUUCCUAAAUUCACUAUUCAACUUGCGUCUGGGGAGAUACCAACGCUAUUUCGUAGAGAAAAGUGCAAUUUGCUCUACAACAAUGAUUCGUGUAUUGUUCUUUUUGGCGAUGGUGCAUCUUUCCUCCCAAAACUUCUGCUUGAGAAACGGGACUAUAGUGCUACCCAACCCCGACCCCGCCCGCUACAAAAACGUGACCUUGCAGACGAGCUCGUGCGAGUCAAGCUGGCGGGAUGACUAUGCUUUACUCGUGCUUGACAACUGCCAAAUGCUGAGGCUUCACGUGGUUUGGUUCAAAGUGGCAGAUGCGGACAUGACCUCGAUGUGGCAGGCAGUUCCGGACUCCGAUGGCGAAGAAGCCCUGAUCAUGAGUCAACCCAUCUCGACCAAGGCCUACUAUGUCUUCUGCUGGCCACCGCCAACUGCUACCACCAACCAGCCACUGCCGACUGCUACUUCUGACAACCAGCCACCAACAACUACUACUACCAAUCAGCCACCAACAACUACUACCACCAACCAGCCACCAUCAACUACUACCACCAACCAGCCACCGCUAAAUUCUACUUCUACCAAUCAGCCACCAAUAAACACAACAAUAAACCUGCCACCACCAACUACUACCAAACAGCAACCACCAACUACUACUACCAACAAACCACCAUUAACAUCUACCACCAACCAGCCACCACCAACUACUACCAUCAACCAGCCAACACCAACUACUACCACCAACCAGCCACCACCAACUACUACCAUCAACCAGCCAACACCAACUACUACCACACCAACCAGCCACCAACAACUACUACCAUCAACCAGCCAAUACCAACUACUACUACCAACCAGCCAUCACCAACUAAUACUACCAACCAGCCAUCACCAACUACUACCAGCAACCAGCCAUCACCAACUACUACUACCGAAUAGCCACCACAAAAACUACUACCAACCAGCCACCACUUAACACACAACCAUCAACAAGCCACCACCAACUACUACUACCAAAUAGCCACCACAAACAACUACUACCAACCAGCCACCAUCAACUACUACUACCAACAAGCCACCAUUAAACACUACCAUCCACCAGUAACCAUUUACUACUACACAAACCAGCCACCACCAACUACUGCUACCAAAUAGCCACCACCAACAACUACUACCAACCAGCCACCACCAACUACUACUACCAACAAGCAACUACUAAACAUGUCUAUCAACCAGCAACCAACAACUACUACUACCAACCAGCCACCACCAACUUCUCCUUCCUACAAGCCACCAACACUACCAUCAACCAGCCACCACCAACAACUGCUACCAAUCAGCAACCACCAACUAUAAUAACCAACCAGCAAUCACAAACUACUACUACCAACAAUCCGACACUAAACACUUUCAUCAACCAACCACAACCAACUACCUCUACCGAAUAGCCAUCACCAAAGACUACUACCAACCAGCCAACACCAACUACACCUACCAACAAGCCACCACUAAACACUUUCAUCAACCAGCCACCACCAACUACUUCUACCAAUCAGCCACAACCAACUACUACUACCACCAGCUAACACCAACUACUACUACUAACAAGCCACCGCUAAAUUAUACUUCCACCAGCCAGCCACCACCAACUACUACAACCAACCAGCAACCGCUAAAGUUUACUUGUAUCAACCAGCCACCACCAACUUCUACCACCAACCAGUCACCACCAACUACUACUACCAACAAGCCACCACUAAACAUUACCAUCAACCAGCCACCACCAACAACUACCACCAACCAGCCACCACAAACAACUACCACCAACAAGCCACCACUAAACACUACCACCAACCAGCCACCACCAUGCAACUACUACUACCGAAUAGCCACCACCAACAACUCCCACCAGCCAGCCAUCGCCGACUGCUACUAAUACAAACCAGCCACCGCCAACUACUUCCUCCAAUGAGCUACUGCCAACUGCUACUUAUUUCUACGAGCUACCACCAACUUUUACUCCUACCGACCAGCCACAACCAACAACUACCACCUACCAGCCAUCGCAAUUUACUACCUACCGUAUUUUAAAGUUGAUGCAGUUUAUCAAAUGUGUGCAAUUAUAUUCAUUUAAAAUAUAAAUGAUAUCUAUCUA